AUGGCGGCGCAGAGACAGGAGCAGAUUUUGAAGGAGCAGAAGGCUGAGGCAGAGGCAUUGGUCCACUACUACGGUACAACACUCGAAGAAAUGUCGGAAACUUUCCGCUCGCACUCCUGGAAAUCAGCAACUGCACCACCCUACAACAAGGCCACGCCCACCAAGACCCUGCCUCCAGUUAUGAAGCCUCCACAGCGCGUGUUCUCGUCUUUCGCCCCAUCUCUGGUGGGAGCUGCAGGCCUCGGCCAAGGGCCUGGUAACUUUUGCCACGGCACCAUCGGAGGAGCUGCAGACCAGCGCACGGAGCAGCGGGACAGGGAGGACAGCGUGUCUGUCUCCACUUUGCCGCCGUCUCGAGGAUCAAAGGCGGAGUGA